AAUUCCCGCGGCCGCUUCCGCGGGAAGCGCCGCCCCUCGCGCAUGGCGGCGCCCGAGUGUCCCUGAGCGGAGGCGCGGGAGUGCCACCGCCCGGGGCUGUGGCGGCUCCGGCUCGCCAUGGCGCUGAGCAGCCGCCUGCUGCAGGCUGCCGGCGGGCUCCGUGCAGCGGGUUUUCGUUUUGCAUCAACUACAGCCAGUCUCAAAACUGAGACUGAAGUGGACACAAGUGAAAAUGAGAUUGUUGCUCCAAACUUCACCAACAGAAAUCCUCGGAACUUGGAGCAGAUGGCCCUGGCUAGGAAGGAGCGGGGCUGGAAGACCACAUGGCCAAAGCGUGAGUUCUGGCACAGAUUACGGCUAGAGCGGACGCAGCAUUACGUAGAAGCCUUUGUCGAGCGCUCCAACGGGGAUGUUGUGGUAUCUGCCUCUACCCGAGAGUGGGCCAUAAAGAGACACUUGUACAGUCCCAAGGGAGUAGCUGCAUGCAGAAACCUUGGCCGUGUCAUAGCACAGCGCUGUUUGGAAGCAGGAAUCAACUUUGUGAACUUUAAAGCCAUUAUCCCCUGGGAACACCGCUGUGACUCGAUCCAGGAAUUUGAGAAAGCUGUGAAGGAGGGUGGUGUUGUUCUGCAUGAACCAAGAAGAAUCUACCGGUAAAAUAGAGAUUGUUGGGAAGACUUUCCGAGGAACAAGGAUCACUUCUUUGGGUUUCUGUACUGGCAAAGGGAAGGUCCAGAGCUGGAAAACGUUGGAAUGUGUCAUCUUAUAAUAAAAUAUUUUCAAAUGGA